UUUUUUUUUAUUAUUUUUUUUGUUGAAAUAACUCCUACUACGCCCAAAGGAAGAAAGAGAAAGCACAUUUUUUUUUAUUAUUUUAUUAAUAAAUAUAUUUUCUUCCCAUCUUAUUUUUUUUUCUUUUAAUUAAAAAUAAUAGCCCUUCUUUUUUCCAUUUAAUAUUUUAUCUAUAUAAUAUUAAAAGAUAUAAUGACCGCUGUUAGUUCUGUUGCUGAUGUAGAUGCAUGGAUCGCACAACUUUCUGAAUGUAAACAAUUACCAGAGUCAGAAAUUAAGAAAUUGUGCGACAAGGCACGUGAAAUACUUACUGAAGAGUCUAAUGUUCAACCUGUAAGAUGUCCAGUUACUGUGUGUGGUGACAUUCAUGGUCAAUUUCAUGAUUUACAAGAACUUUUCCGCAUUGGUGGUAACUCGCCCGAUACCAAUUAUCUAUUUAUGGGUGAUUAUGUCGAUCGUGGAUAUUAUUCAGUCGAAACUGUUACAUUCUUGGUUGCUCUCAAAGUAAGAUAUAAGGACCGUGUUACCAUCCUUCGUGGUAAUCACGAAUCUCGUCAAAUUACUCAAGUAUAUGGUUUUUAUGAUGAAUGUUUAAGAAAAUAUGGAAAUGCUAAUGUUUGGAAGAUGUUUACCGACCUUUUUGACUAUUUGCCUUUAACUGCAUUGAUUGAAGACCAAAUCUUUUGUCUUCAUGGUGGUCUUUCCCCUUCAAUUGAUACAUUGGAUCAAGUUCGAUCAUUAGACCGUGUUCAAGAAGUUCCUCAUGAAGGUCCUAUGUGUGACCUUUUAUGGUCUGAUCCUGAUGAUAGAUGUGGUUGGGGUAUUUCUCCUCGUGGUGCAGGUUAUACAUUUGGUCAAGAUAUUGCAGAAACAUUUAACCAUAACAACGGUCUUACAUUAGUAGCAAGAGCUCAUCAACUGGUGAUGGAGGGUUAUAAUUGGACUCAUGAUCGUAAUGUCGUUACCAUCUUCAGUGCACCUAAUUACUGUUAUCGUUGUGGUAAUCAAGCCGCUAUUAUGGAGAUUGAUGAACAUAUGAAAUAUACAUUCCUUCAAUUUGAUCCUGCACCUAGAAAAGGUGAACCUCAUGUUACCAGACGUACUCCCGAUUAUUUCUUGUAAAAAAAAAAAAGAAAAAAAAAUAGGUAAAAGAGUGAAAUCUAUGUUCUCAUAUUCUUGAAUAAUUUUUUGUGUGUAUAAAAAAAAACACCUAGUAACUCUAACAAAUAUUACACAUUAUAUAUUAUUUUUUCUUUGAUUUUAUGUCCUUAUUUUUUUAUUUUUUUUUAUUUUUUUGUAAAAAUAUAUAAAUAUAUAUUCUAUGUAAAAGAAAA